UGACUUUACUAAUCUAUGAUAGAGAAUUUGUUUGUCAAGUCAUAUGUAGAAAACCCAAAUUACUCUAUAAACCGCAAUUCAAAUUUUAAUUAAGUUGAGAUUUAUAAAUAAACAUUACUUCACAUUUUUCCUGAAUGCAUAUUUUGGCGAGUACGCAACUCCUUUUUAAACCUUUUAAAAACAAAACAGUGAAGGAACUGUGUUUUUACAGUUCAUUUACCCUGUUUGGAAAGGCAAAUCCCAAAAUGUCCAAGUCAGAUCUAGUCUAUCGUCGCCUAGACAACAUAAUAAAAUCACAAGAGGACAAACGUUUAUACAGGGGUUUAGAAUUAACCAAUGGCAUGAAGGUUUUAUUAGUUAGUGAUCCUCAAACUGAUAAAUCAGCGGCUGCAAUGGAUGUUAAUGUAGGAUUUUUGAGUGACCCCAAGAAUGUAAAAGGACUGGCCCAUUUUUGUGAACAUAUGUUGUUUUUGGGCACAGAAAAGUACCCAUGUGAAAAUGACUACAACAAAUUUCUACAGGAACACGGUGGCAGCAGCAACGCUGCUACUUAUAUUGAUCACACCUUGUAUUAUUUUGAUAUUGUGCCAGAUCAUCUGAAAAAUGCUUUAGAUAGGUUUGCUCAGUUCUUCAUAUCACCUCUAUUUACUGAAAGUGCAACGGAAAGGGAGAUAAAUGCUGUGAACUCUGAGCAUGACAAGAACAUUCCUAGUGAUGUUUGGAGGAUCAAUCAACUAGACCAUCAUCUGUGCGAUCCAGAUCAUCCAUAUCACACUUUUGGAACUGGCAAUACUUACACUUUAAGUACAUUGCCAAAGGAGAGUAGCAUUAAUGUUCGUGAUGAAUUAUUGAAAUUUCAUAGUCAAUGGUAUUCAUCCAAUCUCAUGUGUUUGGCAGUUUUAGGAAAAGAAAGCUUGGAUGAAUUAGAAGAGGUUGUAGUUGAACUUUUUGGUUCAGUUAACAAUAAGAAUGUUAAAGCUGCCAGAUGGGAAACCCACCCAUUUAAAGAUGACCAAUUAAGAACUGUUGUUUAUGUAACUCCUGUGAAAGAUUUAAGAAAUUUGAAUAUUGUUUUUCCCUGCGAUGAUUACACUGAUUUUUACAAAUCUGCGCCGACAAAUUAUUUGAGUCAUUUGAUUGGACACGAAGGGCCCGGCAGUAUAUUGUCGGCUUUAAAAGCUCGUGGUUGGUCUAAUCAGUUAGUUGGAGGAGUCCGAACUAGUUCUCGCGGGUUCAGCUUUUUCGGCAUAUCCGUCGAUUUGACCGAGGAAGGGAUGAACCAUGUUGAUGAUAUCGUCAAACUGGUGUUUCAGUAUAUAAACAUGUUAAAAAAGGAAAAACCACUAAAAUGGAUUCAGGACGAGAACCGGGAUAUAGGCAAUAUGACAUUUCGGUUUAAGGACAAAGAAUCCCCCAGAAAUUAUAUUUCCAACGUGGUCAAUAACUUGCAGUUGUAUCCGUUAGAGGACGUGUUGUGCGCGCAAUACAUGUUGAAUGAAUGGAAGCCCGAACUUAUUGAGAAAGCUUUGAAAGAUUUUGUCCCAGAAAAAGUGAGAUUGGCAGUAGUUGCGAAGGCAUUUGAAAAUAUCUGUGAUGAAACAGAACCCUGGUACGGUACCAAGUUUAGUAAGCAAAAUAUCCCGCUGGAAACCCUCAAGGUAUGGAAAGAAGCCGGCCUAUGUGACGAGUUGAAGCUGCCGGAGAAAAACGAAUUUAUACCCACCGACUUUUCUCUGUUUCCUUUAGAUAAUUCGGUGACGGAGUAUCCGGUUAUCAUACAGGACACUGCAUUAACCAGGGUGUGGUUCAAGCAAGACGACAAGUUCCUGCUGCCCAAAGCGAACGUGAUGUUUGACUUUGUAAGCCCGAUGGCCUACUUGGAUCCUCUCAACUGCAACUUGACUCACAUGUUUGUGCAACUCUUCAGGGACGCCCUCAAUGAGUACGCGUACGCCGCUGAACUGGCGGGCCUCAAAUGGGAACUGAUCAACACCAAAUAUGGUUUAAUAUUAGGCAUUGGAGGCUACAACAACAAACAGCACAUCCUGCUGGAGAAAAUAAUGGACAAGCUGACGAAUUUCAAAAUCGAUCCCAAACGGUUCAACAUAUGGAAAGAACACUACAUCAGGAAUCUCAAAAACUUUUCUGCCGAACAGCCGUACCAGCACGCGGUGUACUAUCUUACCGUACUGUUGACGGAGCAUUCAUGGACCAAAGAGGAGCUCCUGGCGUCGACCGACCAACUGACGUUGGAAAUGCUGGAGGCGUUCAUACCGCAAGUGCUCUCGAAAAUGCACAUCGAGUGUCUCGUGCACGGCAACGCGGACAAAGCGAAAGCGCUCGACUUGGUGCGCAUCGUCGAAGAGCUCCUCACUGCAAAAAUGAACAUGUCGCCGUUGUUGCCGCGGCAACUGCUGUUGAAUCGCGAGCUGAAGCUCGAAGACGGCUGCCAUUACUCGUACGAGAAGCAGAACGGCGUGCACAAGAGUUCGUGCAUCGAGGUCUACUACCAGUGCGGCUUGCAGAACCGCGAGAACAACGUUAAGCUCGAACUGUUCUGCCAGCUUAUACAGGAACCGUGCUUCGACGUACUUAGGACCAAGGAGCAACUGGGGUACAUCGUGUUCAGCGGCGUGCGCAAAUCAAACGGCGUCCAAGGUUUGAGGAUAAUAAUUCAGUCGGAUCGGCACCCGGAAUACCUCGACAGCAGGAUCGAGGAGUUCCUGCACAGCAUGCUCGGCUACAUUAGCGACAUGACCGAGGAGGAGUUUUCGAGGCAUCGCGAGGCUUUGGCCGCCCAACGGCUGGAAAAACCGAAGCAGCUCUCUGCGCAAACCAACCAGUUCUGGUCAGAGAUCACCGCGCAGCAGUACCACUUUGACCGCGCCAACGUAGAGGUCGCUUACCUAAGGACGCUGACGAAACAGGACGUGAUCGCCUUUUACGAGGAAUUGCUGAAGAGCGACGCCAGCGGCAGGAAGAAGCUGUCGGUGCACAUAGUGUCGACGGCAGAGGGCGGGGCCGGUAUAAACAACGGUAACGGGGAGGCGGGUGACAAAUCCAAGGCCGCGAGCGUGAUCAACGAUAUCACGGUGUUCAAGAGUGCUCACGAAAUGUACCCGCUGGUGCAACCCUACAUGAAUAUCACCCGCAAGGGUAACAGAUGCAAGCUUUAAACGGUAUCGUAGCUUUUAACGAAUUUACGUCACAUAAUUAAAUUAAAUGUAAACGGUUUUAUUUAAAUUGAGCGUUAAUUGUUUUUUUCUGAUUGUUCGUUUUCGGAAAUAAAAACCAGAGUUAGCGAUAA